AUGAUGCUUGGUAUUAUAAUAAUGACUGUGCUGGUAUCUCCCUUGAUCAAUGCUAUAUACAAGCCAAAAUUUCGAUUUAAGCAAUCACAGCUAAGAACUGUACAGAAGUUAAGGAGUGAUGUAGUGCUUAGAGCUGUUGCUUGUGUCCACAAUGCUCGCCAAGCCACCGCAAUGACACGUGUCCUUGAAACAGUAAAUGCCACAAGAAUUUCACCUUUACAUGUAUUUGCACUUCACCUUGUUGAACUCACUAGACAUGGCACUGCUCUUCUUGUAGCCCAAAUGGAACAUUCAAAUUCAAAUGCACAUGGUGGAGAACAAAAACUCUAUGAAUCACAAGCAGAGUUUGAGAGCAUAACCAAUACAUUUGACGAAUUUGUAGAAGGAUACAAUGCUGUUAGAUUUGAGACAUCAAGUGUUGUGUCAACUUAUGAAACUAUCCAUGAAGAUAUAUACAAUGUAGCAGAAGAGAAAUUUGCAAGCUUAAUUAUCCUUCCUUUUCACAAGGAGCUAAACUCAGAAGGUGUACUAGAAACAACUAACACUGCACAAAGUGACAUAAACAAAAGUGUUCUACAACAAUCACCAUGUUCUGUUGUGAUCUUUGUCGACCGUGGACUUGGAUCAUUAUUACAAACAAGUUUGAGGAUUGUUGUGAUCUUCAUUGGAGGACCGGAUGAUCGCGAAGCCUUAUCUAUAGCAGGGAGAAUGGCAGGGCAUUCAGGAAUUCAAUUGGAUGUGGUAAGAGUACUUUUGUUAGGUGAAGCUAAGGAAGAAGAAGAAGAAGAGAACACAAUGAACAAUGAUGCAAAUGAGUUAUUAUGUACAGUUAGGGAUAAUGGGGUACAGAAACAAAUGGAUGAUGAGUAUAUAUUUUCCUUCAGGCACAAGGCAAUGAACAAUAAUGAGUCAAUUGUUUAUUCAGAGGAAGAAGUGCAUACAGCAACAGGUGAAGAGAUUCCUUUACUACUCAAUGAGUUAGACAAAAAUGACUAUGAUUUGUACAUUGUUGGACAAAGUUGUGGUAGAAACUCUAGAGUUUUUUCCAAGUUGUUGGAAUGGUGUGACAAUCCUGAACUUGGGGUUAUAGGGGAUAUUGUAGCUUCAACAAGCUUUGGUACACGUGCUUCGUUGCUUGUUGUGCAGCAAUAUGAUUCUGGUUCAAAGCGUAAAACUCAACAUCAAAAGAAAUGUCACCAAAAGAAUGAUGGUCCUGAGAUGAUGUUGUGAAACACAGAUACAAAGAUUAGAUAUUGCAGAUUAAGGAAUGUUUUCUAUAUUUUUAAGAUAAAUUUAUAUGUAUAUAAUUCUCGUGAUGUAGUUAAGUAUUUGGAUUCCCA